AUGAGUUUUCUUAUGCUCGCAUUAAUUCUGGCCGCAUGGGUAAGCGCAGGCAUAACCGUUUUGAGUCCAGAAUUGAGAACGGAAAUCCUUGAAGAGCAAAAGUUUUUCAAAAGAGAUACUGUUGAUGAAGUGCAACCAAUGGGAGACUCCAUCGAGGAGGUGAACACGAAAAGCGGAGUGGCUGCGAAGCUGUUCCAGGGAGAUAUCGUCCUUUCGAAGGAGCAAAGGAAUCAAAUCGCUGAAGAUAUUAGUAGAGCUCGUUCCAAAAGGCAAGCCUACAAUGACAAAAAGUCCAUCACUUCAAAAUGGUCGGAGGGAGUUGCUUACAUGUUCUAUGGAGUGGAUGAGGAAACUGAAACCUCCUUCAGAAAAGCAGCGAAUUUAUGGAUGGAUGACACGUGUAUCAACUUUACAGAGUAUAAACCACAGCCGAUGACACGA